AUGGAAGAGCAUAAGGAGCCCAGCGGCGGCCGGGACUCGAUCGAGGACGAGAGCGUGUCCCUGUCACCUAACCUGCCGUCCCCUCCCAUGAUCCUCCCGCACCAGGCCGCCCAGCAGGCGCACCGAACCACCAACUUUUUUAUCGACAACAUCCUUCGGCCAGACUUCGGCUGCAAAAAGGAGUCCGGCUACCGCGAACGGAACCAGACGGCGGGCAGGGAGAACAUCAACCCUCUGGCGGCGAGGCCGCACGCGGGCAGCCUCUGCUUGGACUCCAAUUGCAGCAGCGACAGCGCCGCCUCGUCGCCGUCGUCAUCGUCGGCGGCUUCGUCUCCUGCUUCCAAGCAGAACUCGGCCAAACAAGUGGAAGCGGCGAGUAACGGGACCGGCAGAUACGCCGAUAGUCCGUCGGCCAUCGUGGUUCUGAACGGCGGCAACGGAGCGUCUCCGCCCGCGGCCAAGGACCAACCCAUGUUGUGGCCAGCCUGGGUCUACUGCACGCGAUACUCGGACCGGCCCUCAUCUGGACCGAGGACACGCAAACUUAAGAAGAAGAAGAGCAGCAAGGAGGACAAACGGCCCAGGACGGCGUUUACCGCUGAGCAGCUGCAGAGACUGAAAGCCGAGUUCCAAGCCAACCGCUACAUCACGGAGCAGCGAAGACAGUCGCUGGCGCAGGAACUCAACCUGAACGAAUCCCAGAUCAAAAUCUGGUUCCAGAACAAGCGGGCCAAAAUCAAAAAGGCCACCGGUUAUAAGAACGGCCUGGCGCUGCAGCUCAUGGCCCAAGGACUGUACAACCACUCUACCACCACCGUGCAGGACGAGAAGGAGGACAGCGAGUAG